AUGAGCGCAUCAGCUUGUAUUCCUUGUUCUACUCUUCCCCCUGCAUUUCCUCAUCCACUUGAAGAAGAUGAAGCUAUCAGUGGUCCUGCUCCAUCUGGAGUAGAAAAGGCAGAUGAGGAAGAUAAGUUUUUGUGGCCUACACAAAUGGUUUUUCUGCUAUUAUCUAAAUUCGAAGAGCAUAGGUCACAAUUAGAUGCGGGGGAGAAAACCCAUAAGUCAUUGUGGUUACAAAUUGCAGAAGAUAUUAAAAAGCUAACUGGAUCUACCCUUUCCCAUAGUCAACUUCAGUCAAAGCUAAAUGGCCUCAAAAACCGUUACAAAAUAAUAUUGGCGAGGAAGGGUAGAUCUGGUAGUGGCACUAAUAGAUGGCCGUACCUAGAGCGGAUGGAAGAAUUAUUUGGUCGCUGCGCAGCCAGAGCCCAUUACCAGAAAAAUGAAGAAAACAGAUGUCGCUGCCCUAGAAAAAUUAAAAUUACGGAAAGAGAAAGAUGCAGGCACUGCAGAAAUUGA